AUGGCUGCAGAAGGAUUUGAAGCAUAUCAUGUCCCACAACAAAGCAGAAGAGAUAAGCUUAGAGGUGAUACUAAUACUAAUACUAAUUCUAAUACAAGUACUAAUUUCCUCCCUAAUUUUUACAAUAACAAUCCAUCAUUUCUCCUUAAUCCUUGUGAUAAUUUCCUUCUAAUUAAAUCCAUGGAUCCACAAAUAUCUUCUUCUUUUCAUCAAAUUAACAAUAACCCUUUCCUCUACAACACAAAUCAAAAUCAUGAUAUUGAUGUUGUAUCAUCAUCAACUUAUCAUAAUAAUAGUAAGAAUAGUAUAACUACUUAUGUUACUCCAGGUCAAGGUUUGUCUUUAUCUUUAUCAUCUCAUAAUCAUCAUCAGCGGAACAGUACUACUACUAGUAAUAAUAGUACUGUUCCGCUGGAGCUGAACUUACAGAGAUAUGACUCAUCAUUAUUUACAACUGUACCGGCCGCGGCUACCGCUGCCGAUUGUUGUAAUAAUGAGUUUUUGUCAUCCAAGAGCGGUGGUAGUACUAUUAUUGGACCUUUUACUGGAUAUGCUUCAAUUCUCAAGGGGUCAAGAUUCUUAAAACCUGCACAACAGUUGUUGGAAGAUAUUUGUGGGAUUUAUGCUCAGAAAUUAUUAGAAGAUGAUGAUUCUAUUGGAAUUAUGGAUGAUUCUUCAAUAGAUGCAUCUAAUGAUGAUGGAAGUGAGCACAGGAGGAACAAUUCCAAGUUAAUUUCAAUGCUUGAUGAGGUAUAUAGAAGAUAUAAACAAUAUUAUCAACAGCUACAAGGAGUAGUGGCAUCAUUUGAAUCAGUUCCUGGACUUGGAAAUGCAGCCCCAUUUGCAAACCUAUCUUUAAAAGCAUUGUCCAAACAUUUUAGGUGCCUAAAAAAUGCCAUUUGUGACCAAAUGAACUACACAAUUAAAUCUCAAACUCAUAGUCAUAAUAGUCAAAUAAAUUGUGAUGAUUCUACAAGUACAAGAUCUGUUGGGAAAGGCAACUUUAAUUAUAAUAAUUUUCAAAGAACAGGAUUUGUUGAACACCAUCAGCCUGUUUGGAGACCACAAAGAGGCCUACCGGAGCGCGCUGUAACUGUUCUUAGGGCUUGGUUAUUUGACCAUUUCUUGCACCCUUAUCCCACAGAUUCUGAUAAAGUAAUGUUGGCCAAACAGACUGGUCUUUCAAGGAAUCAGGUUUCUAAUUGGUUCAUCAAUGCAAGAGUUAGACUAUGGAAGCCUAUGGUUGAAGAAAUACACAUGCUUGAAACUAGGCAAGCUAACAAAUCUUCUUCACAAAGGAUGCAAGGUCAAAACAACAAUCCCAUUGAAGUACAUUUUCCCACAAGUAAUAAUUCACUUCCAUCUACAUCAUCAGCACAACAAGUUCCAUCAAAGAGAACACGAAAUAACAAUCCAGAAGAUGAAAUGAAUUUAUCAUAUUCUCGUGUUGGAAUUGAUCAAGUGAUGAGUGCAUCAUCAGGUGGAAAUGGUGGUGGGGUGUCAUUAACAUUGGGACUUCAUCAUCAAAACAAUAAUAUUGGAAUUGGGGGUUUAUCAUCAGAGUCUUUCCCCAGAAAUGCAGCACGACGUUUUGGUAUCGAUGCAAAUAACGAGGGAUUCAUGUUUGGUGAUGGAUUUGAACCACAAAAUCAUCAGUUAGGAAGAGAUCAUAAUAAUAAUAAUAGUAUUAUCGGAGGCCAAUUGUUGCAUGAUUUUGUUGGUUGA